AUGAGAUUCACUGCCUUGGCAUUGCCAAUUGUUUUCGGCGCUGCUUUGGCGGGUCCCUGCCGACCAUCCACCGUCGAGAGCAGUUUGACGACCAGCUCCGAAACCACUGCACUUGUUGACGUGACUACAACUUCCGCAGUCACUCUAUCAACUGCGCAGUCUACCGACGAUACAACGACCACAACUGAGACCAUACCGGCAUCAACGACGACAUCUAUGGCCGAGUCUACCACAGAAUCAACCGCCGCUGCCACAUCCACAACUGCACCUUCUGGCCUGUGCCAGGCACCAGCCAGUCUGCAAUGCUGCCAGACUGUUGGAACCCAACGUAAUGGGGUAAUCAGCCUAAUCUUGAGCUUGCUUGGUAUUGUUGUUCGGGAUUCGAACAUUCUCAUUGGGGCAACAUGCUCAUCUAUUACAAAUGCUGGGAGCUGUCCCGCCACCCCACUAUGCUGCAAUGACAAUAGCCAUGGUGGCCUGCUUGCUAUUGGCUGCACGCAACUUUAG